AUGGCCUUUGUGAGAGGAGCCGAUGCGUACGGCCACUCGAGACACACCGAGGUCUUUCUGUUCAUUGUAACAUGUGGAAACGAUGGAGAUGUUCGGAUAUGGGAGAGUCUGGAUGACGAUGAUCCAAAGUUCAUCACGGUCGGGGAAAAGGCUUAUUCCCUCGCACUCAAGAAAGGCAAGUUGGUGACGGCAAGCUCCAACAACACGGUGCAGAUCCACACGUUUCCUGACGGCGAUCCAGAUGGCAUCCUGACUCGGUUCACUACCCACGCCACACACGUCACCUUCAACAGCAGCGGCUCGAGAGUGGCUGCAGGAUCCAGCGACUUCAUGGUUAAGGUGGUGGAGGUGUCGGACAGCAGCCAGCAGAAAACGCUCCGGGGCCACGAAGCACCUGUCCUCAGUGUCACCUUUGACCCUAAAGAUGACUUCCUGGCGUCUGCCAGCUGCGAUGGCUCCGUCGUGGUGUGGAAUAUUGAGGAGCAGACUCAGGUGAUCAGCUGGCCUCUGCUGCAGAAGACCAACGACUUCAGUAAUGCAAAGUCUCUGUGUCGGCUCGCCUGGCAGCCCGGGACGGCGAAGUUUUUAGCAGUUCCUGUUGAGACAAAGGUGCACCUGUAUGAGCGAGGGUCCUGGGAUCACGCGAGCACUCUGUCCGAUGAUCUGCUGACACAGCCCAUCAACGUGGUGGCCUGGUCUCCGUGUGGGCAGUUCCUGGCAGCUGGCAGUGUGGGGGGUUCACUGAACGUGUGGGACGUGAACAGCAAGCUGUGUGUGGAAAGACAGAAGCAUGAAAAGGGCUUCACAGUGUGCAGUUUGGCCUGGCACCCGUCAGGCAGGCAUAUCGCCUACACGGACACGGAGGGCUGCCUGGGCCUGCUGGACGGACUCAGCACCUCCACAUCCACCACAAACACCACCAAGCAGGCACCAGAAAAAAAGCCAGCAAAAGACUACGACGCCCUGUUUGAUGACGAUGAUGAUGAUAGAGUCAUGGAUGAAGGACUGAGCGACACCAAUUCGCCCGUUAAGAAACCCGUCGCUGGGGACGACGACGAUGACGAUGAUUUCCUCAUGCCUGCAACGGGGCGGGUGAGGAACAGAGGGGCGAUCCUGGAUGACGAGAACUCUCUGGACACCGGGUCGCUGCGGCUCGGUCAGGACAAAUUCGGGGACGAUGACGACGACGCGGGUAGCGCCGUAAUGCCUGCAGCCGCCCCGCUGGUUCCUCUGCGUCCCGUUUACGAGGGACCUCUACCGUCUGCUCCCCAGAAAGCCUUCCAGCCCGGCUCCACCCCGGCACACCUCACACACCGCUUUAUGAUGUGGAACUCGGUGGGAAUAGUGCGAGGCUACAAUGACGAGCAGGACAACGCCAUCGACGUGGAGUUUCACGACACGGCCGUGCACCACGCCAUGCACCUCACCAACUCGCUGGGUCACACCAUGGCUGAUCUUUCCCAGGAGGCCGUGCUGCUGGCCUGCCCCAGCACGGACGAGCUCGCCAGUAAGCUUCAGUGCCUCCACUUCUCGUCCUGGGACACCAAUAAGGAGUGGAUGGUGGACCUGCCGAAGGGCGAGGACGCCAGGGCGCUGUGUCUGGGUCAGGGCUGGGUGGCGGUCGCCACCAGCACGCUGACGCUCAGACUGUUUUCCAUUGGUGGACUCCAGAGGGAAAUCUUCAGCCUACCGGGGCCCGUGGUCUGCAUGGUCGGACACGGAGAGCAGCUGCUGAUCAUCUAUCAUCGGGCUACAGGUUUUGAUGGGGAACAGGCUCUGGGAGUCCAGCUGCUGCAGUUCGGUCGAAGGAAGAGGCAGCUCAUCAACGGCGAACCCCUCCCUCUGUCUCUCAAAUCCUACCUGUCCUGGCUCGGAUUCACUGCAGAGGGCACCCCAUGUUAUGUGGAUUCGGAGGGCGUAGUCCGGAUGCUGAACCGCUCCCUGGGAAACACAUGGACACCAGUGUGUAACACCAGAGAGACGUGCAAAAGCAAAUCGGAUCACUACUGGGUGGUCGGUGUACAUGAGAACCCUCAGCAGCUCAGGUGUAUUCCAUGUAAAGGCUCCAGAUACCCUCCCACCCUGCCCAGACCUGCUGUGGCCAUCCUGCCCUUCAAGCUGCCCCUAUGUCAGACCACCACAGAGAAAGGACAGAUGGAGGAGCAGUUAUGGCGUUCAGUCCUCUUCCACAACCACUACAGCUUCCUGUCCUCCAGCGGCUACGAGAUAGACGAGGAAGGACAGAGUCGGUCCCAGAAGGAGCAGCAGGAGCUGCUCAUGAAGAUGUUUGCAUUGUCCUGUAAGCUGGAGAGAGAGUUUCGCUGUGUGGAGCUGGCAGAGCUAAUGACUCAGAACGUGGUGACUCUGGCCAUUCGAUACGCGUCCCGAUCCAGACGCCUGGCCCUCGCCCAGCGGCUCAGUGAGAUCGCCCUGGAGAAAGCCAACCAGGUCCAGGAAGAAGAACCAGAGGAACCGGAAGAGGAGCCAGAAUACUCCAGACGGACCUCUGGGUACGGUCAGAGUGAGGUCACAGGAGGACGCUGCAGCAACAGACGUUAUCAGGAGGAGGAGGAGCAGGAGCAAGUGGAAGAGCUCGGGGAGGAAGAUGAUGGGCAGGAGAUGGACACAGAGGAGGCAGCAGAAACCAGAAAACGAGGGAAUCCGUUUGCUAAAGAAGCAGGUUCACCUGUGAAGCCGUCUCUCACACCAAUUGGCAGAGUUGCACGUGCAAAUCCUUUCAAGGUGCUCGGCACAGGAAAACCCUCGGCGCCGUCCGGUCAGCCUCGAGUGACAAACAUCCUGGACAACAUGACGUCCAGCAAGAAGUCUGCACCACUCAGAUCAGCAGGAAAACCAAACAAAGACCCUGUCCUCAAACCGCUGGCCCCCAGAACCAAGACAAAGACUCAGUCCACUCUGCUGCAGAUGACUGGCACUAAGGCGUCCAGUAAGAAGACUCAAGCGAACACGGAGCCGGCUGCAGAGCAGCAGAAACAACCUGACAUGCCGCCUCCAGCCUCACCUGCAGAUAACACCGAAAAUAAGAGGCCGAAGACAGGAUUCCAGCUCUGGCUGGAGGAGAACAGGAAGACUAUUAUAGCUGAUCACCCAGACCUGGAGGAGACCGACGUCAUCAAAGAGGCCAUGGGUCGCUUCAGGACGCUGUCGGCAGAGGAUAGACUGGUAUGA